AGUUGACGAUUUUUGUAUAUAAUAUUGAUCAAUUGGAAGCUUCAAAGUAGUUUCCUCAACUAUAUACAUAGAUUCAUCUAUAUAUAAGUUUGAUAAUUGGGCGGUUGAUAGUUAUCUGGUUUUGAUUUUGAUCCUAAAAUUGAUUAAUUUUGAGUCGUUAAUUCGGUGUUUGAUGGUACCCAAGCGACCUUUUGGUGUGGGGGAAGAAGAGGGCUUCACUGUUGCUAAUCACGAAGCCAAACGAAGGAUCACAUCUUCAAACCUUGCUCAAAAUCUGAUAUGCGGGUUUUCAUCACAAGAGUUAUCCUUGAUUUUAGAACCAUUAAUUCGAAGAUGUGUGAGAGAAGAAGUUCAGCGUUCAUGUCAAAGCUUCUUUUGUACACUACCGAGAUCUCCUCUUGACGCAAUCGAACCAAAUAGAAUCGUUCCUCUUGAUGGUGAUUUUGUUACUGAUGAAGAACAAGAUUGGUCUGAAAAAGAUUUCGAUUCCAAAAUCAUAUGUGCAAGAGAUGGAAGAAGGCCAUUGAUAGCUGGAAAUUUGGUAGUGACACUCGAAAAUGGAGUUAAGGAAAUCGAUGAAUUAUGUUUUACUGAUAAUUCAAGCUGGAGAAGGAGUAGAAAGUUCAAAAUUGGAGCAAGAGCCAAAGAUGCUUCUGGAAGAGUGAGAGUUAGAGAAGCAAGAAGUCAAGCUUUCAUGGUUAAAGAUCAUCGUGGAGAAUCAUACAAAAAACACCACCCUCCAUCAUUAGGUGAUGAAAUCUGGAGAUUAGAAAAGAUAGCAAAAGAUGGAGUUUUUCAUAAAAGAUUGGCUUCACAUCGCAUAUGCACUGUAAAAGACUUUCUACAAAUGUAUAUCACCAACCAAUCCUUACUACGCAAGUUACUUGGUGGAUCAUCUAACAAGACAUGGGAGACAAUAAUCAAGCAUGCAAAAGCUUGUGUUUUAGAUGAAAAGUUAUACAUGUAUAGAUGUGGCCCACAAGGAAUCGGGCUUUUGGUUGAUUCUAUUUUGGAGGUUGUUGGUGCAACUUUUGAUGGACAAAACUAUCUUCCACUCGAUAAACUCCCCGUUUUUCAAAUGCCUAUGGUGGAAUCUUUAAAGCAAGAAGUUUAUCGAAACUUGAAUGGGAUGAUACCGAUGGAUGAUUUAUCCGUUAUUGGAGCCCCGGUUCCGAUGGCGAAUUUACAUAAUUACCCCUUGAAAAGUGCAAGUUUGGGUCUACCAUGUGUUGACAUUCCUCUUCUACACCAAGAUGAAGUUGAAAUGCACAUGUAUGGGGUGGUUGGUAGCACUAGUAGUGAAGAGGAAUAUUUUUCUCCAAAUUUAAGAAACAGUUUCAAAACAAAAGAGUUCAUGAAUGGAGGUUAUGGUGAUGAUUUUAAUUUUCCGUCAUUAUGGCAAGGAGAUGAACUCUACAUUGAUCCAAAUAAUCAAAGUAUAGAUAUUGGAAUAUGUUUUUCAAGAAAUGGGUCACCACGGGCACGUUGGUGCAAGAUUCGGGCUGCCCUAAAAUGGGGUUCGGUCAGACGAGAUGUGGCUGCCAAAAAAAUGGCACGCUUGCCUUCGUAUCUUGAUUUCUCGGUUUAGAUUUUUUUAGGUUAAUAGGUAGAAAAAUUGGUUGUAAUAAUAACACUGUUUUGCUGUAUCAGCUGGUAAGGAGGUAAGAAUCCAUAAGUGAGAUUUCAGUUCAAACCUAACAUAAGCAUGAUCACAUCGUUGCUUUUGGGAUACUGUGAUUUACCUUCCCCAUGCUGACAGUGGGACAAGAUGUCACUUUUUUCAUUGUUUGGUGGCCGGAUUUGUGUCUUUGUCGAUCGCCACUACUUGAUCUUGUUUUACAUUGCGUAUAAUGCUUGGUUCUUGUAUAAAUUUUGGACCUUAAUGCUAAAGUUUUUUUUAUGUUUUUGUUAAUAAAGAUUCAAAAGAAAUUGAAUUUAA